CCACAGGAUGGAAACUGACUACCUGAAGAGGUGCUUUGGAAAUUGCCUGGCCCAGGGACUAGCAGAGGUGGCGAAGGUUCGGCCCAGUGACCCCAUAGAGUACCUGGCUCACUGGCUUUAUCAUUACAGGGAAAUCACUAAAGCGAAAGAAAAGGAUAGACAAGAGAAGAUCCAGCUGAAGGAAGAGGAUGACAGUAGACUCAAGGAAACCCAAAUGGCAGAAAUGCUGAAGCAAGAAGAGUGCCAGAUUCAACAGAAGUGUGAAGUGUCACAGCCACUGAUAUCUAUAGCUAGUUCCACAAAGACCAUCUUCAUGCAGGAGAACACAAAACCCCUUGAAAAGGAGGUCUUGAAGCAGGAAUCUCUGCCAGGUACUUUCAAUGUGCUUCCAGGAAUGCCUCAACAGAAUCCUUCUUCUGACUCAUUUGGACAGACUGAGUGGAAUGUUGAAACUCACAGGGAAUAAAUUACUAGGCUUUUCAGCGUGCAAGUGCUCCCAAAUGCAUCCUGGCUCCAAAUCUCCUUCUUAGGUUAUCAGAAUCAUUAGCAUCAUGAUUCUAAUGAUGCUUCUGUCAAAGCUGCAAAUCUAGAAAAUGGCCAUCUAAAAAAGCUCUUAAGUAAAGAUGAUCACUAUGUGAAUUAAACCAAGAUUUGAGGGGCUGUGGAAGGGGAAGUGUCAGCAGGGACUCGCCACCCCAAGUCCUGUUGUGAUAGCCAUCAAAAAUCCUUAAUCAUGUGAAAAUUUGAACGAGUUACAGGAUAAAAUAAACUCAUAAUAAGGAUUUAAAGUAAGUAAACAAACUGAUGAUACUUUUUCCUUUUGUUUUAUCAUUUUUUGGCACUAGACAGUGAAAACACAGUCAUCUCAUGUGUUCAUUCUUACCUUGAGCUGAACUUUGCAGUCAGGCCCCUCAGAAUGUUACACAUGUCCUAGCGUGACCUGUACCACCGGCUAUAGGUAUUUUGAAACAGCUCUAGUGUCAGUAAAAGUCAAAGGUUUGAACAUUUAAAAAAUUUAUUUUCUACAUACAAAUAUUCAAAUAUAAUAUACGAGGUCUGACAAUUAAGUGCGCUAACUUAUUGCAAUGAUGUUGCUAACCUUUUUUUGACA